AUCAAAGUUGACAUGACAUAAAACUAACCUUGUUAUUUUUCGAUGUUUUUAUUUUCAGCCGAUUAGAAUGCGUCGAAGUUUAGCUCCCACUCAAAGAUUCAAAGCCGAAAAUGCACCUAAUAGGAACAAUUUUGCACCUCCAUAUACAGCGAAACGAACGCGAAACCGCUCUAAUACUGAGGAUACGGAAGAUCGAGAAAAUUGCAAACGUUCUGCGACAGAAUCCAAUACGAUAUCUACUGUUUUAAGUAAUCAUGAAGAAUUCGUCAAGAUUUUAUCGAAGCCUUUCAAGUGCCCCAUCGCGAAUUACCAAGGAAAUUACACCACAAAGACCUUGGGCAUUAAGAAAACGAAAAAGAAGCGAGCCCUUUACGAUCCCAACAUGCCCAAUGCUUUAGUUUUGUAUUCCCCACCUGAACUUACCCAGCACGAACAACUCAAAUCGAGCAAUGGGCCAGUCCUCGUUCACGUCGUCGUCGAUCCGCUUUUAGGCAACAUUUUGAGGCCCCAUCAGAGAGAAGGGGUGAAAUUUAUGUACGAUUGCGUUACGGGCAUUCAAAUACCCGAUUAUUACGGGUGCAUCAUGGCUGACGAAAUGGGGCUGGGUAAGACUUUGCAAUGCAUAACGCUGUUGUGGACGUUAUUGAGACAGGGACCAGAAUGCAAACCCACUAUUAAUAAAGCUAUUAUCGUAUGUCCUAGCUCUCUAGUGAAAAAUUGGAGUAACGAAAUCGAUAAGUGGUUAAAAGGACGUUUAUCAUCAAUAAUGAUGGAUGGUGCCGCUGACAGUAAGAAAAAGCUACUACAAUUCAUGCAAGACCAAGGUAGAUCCGCCAUUCCGGUUCUGAUAAUCUCCUAUGAAACGUUUAGAAUGCAAGCAAGUGUGCUCCAUAGCAGAGAAAUAGGUUUAGUGUUGUGUGAUGAGGGGCACAGAUUGAAAAAUUGCGAAAAUCAAACGUACAGAGCUCUAAUGGGGCUGAAGGCAAAAAGAAGGGUUUUACUAAGCGGUACUCCGAUUCAAAACGAUUUAUUGGAAUAUUUCAGUUUGAUACACUUCGUUAACGAAGGUUUGCUGGGCAACUCUUCUGAAUUUAAAAAGAAAUACGAGAAUUACAUUCUAAGAGGACAAGAUUCGACUGCCACCGACUUAGAACGCCAACAUGCUUCAGAACGACUGCUGGAACUCACGACCAUAGUAAACAAGUGUCUAAUUCGUAGGACAUCCUCUCUUUUGACCAAAUAUUUACCCGUGAAAUUCGAAAUGAUAAUCAUAUGCCAACUCACGCCGAUUCAGAAGCAGUUAUACCAAAACUACAUCAACUCCGAAUUUAUAAAGAGAUCAGUAAACGAAGAGGGCAAACCCGGAAAUACUUUGAGCAGUUUAGCGAGCAUCACAACUUUGAAAAAGCUGUGUAAUCAUCCCGAUUUGAUAAUCGACAAAAUCCUAGAGGGAGCCGAGGGUUUCGAGAAAAGCAGAAAUAUUUUGCCCCCCAAAAGCGGACAGGACGAUGUCAGACCCGAACUCUCCGGGAAAUUGAUGCUCCUCGAUUGCUUCCUGGCUCACUUGAAGGCCAAUUAUAGCGAUAAAAUAGUUUUAGUAUCGAAUUACACCCAAACGUUGGAUUUGUUUGAAAGUUUAUGUAGAAGAAGAGGGUAUUUAUACGUCCGGUUGGACGGUACAAUGACGAUAAAAAAAAGGGCGAAGGUGGUGGCAAACUUCAACAAUCCCGAAUCCAAGGAAUUCAUAUUUAUGUUGAGCUCGAAGGCGGGAGGAUGCGGUCUCAAUUUAAUUGGUGCCAAUCGUUUAAUCAUGUUCGAUCCCGAUUGGAAUCCCGCCAACGACGAUCAAGCCAUGGCGAGAGUCUGGAGAGAUGGCCAACAGAAGCCUUGUUAUAUUUACCGAUUUUUGGCUGCCGGAUCUAUAGAGGAAAAAAUAUUCCAAAGACAGGCUCAUAAGAAGGCGCUCAGUUCGGCGGUAGUUGACAUGAACGAAGAAACCGCCAGGCACUUCAGCGUAGCCGAAUUACGGGAUCUGUUCAGGUUGGAAAACACCGAAUCUGACACUCACCAAAGAUUGAAAUGCAAACGAUGUUUGAAUAAAAUUCAAAUCAAAAAUCCACCCGACGAGGCAGAUUGCACGGACGAUUUGUCCUUGUGGUAUCACUGUUGGAAUAAAAAGGGUUUGGCGGACAUGGUGUUGAAAACUAUUUGGGACUUGUCGAAAUAUAUAUCGUUUGUGUUCCAUCAAAAAUCAGCUAAACAAGAAGUGAAGGCUGUAGUUCAACAAGAGGAAGAAGAUCCUGAUUAUAGUGGUAAAGAAGAUAAUGGUGACGACGAUUCUGAUUAUUCAGUAUAAAUUUAUUUAUAGAUCUAAUUUCUAAUCGAUUUAUGAUUUGUACUAUGUUCUGAUUGUUUAAAUUUGUUAAUUUGUUAAUCAUUUAUAAUUCCUAUAGUAUAUGUUCUAAAAGUUAGUUUAUGUACUAGAUUUAUUGUUAUUUCUAAUGAUCGAAAACACCAGUAUUAACUUUUCGUAUAUCUAGUUAUUUCUAAGUUAAUUAUACAUAUUACCUUCUGAAUUAA